ACCGCGUUUCUUUUACCCGUCUGAUGUCCAUGUUUUCUCCCAUAGAAAACUCUUGUUUCCCGAUCCUCAAGCCUCAAUUCCAUCAAAUUUCUCCAUACAAUGGAUUACGAUUUCAGAAACCGGUUGAAUCCACCAUACAGUUCUCAAUCUUCUGUGUACAACAGGCCAACGCCGUCAUCUUCGGGGUCGCCGAUGCCGCCAUCGAGUCAUCCGAUGUACGGACCGUCGUCGCUCUACCCUAAGAUUAAUCAGUCCGGUGGGCACUCUGUUGUUCAUGCACCUGCUCGAAAUAACAUCAACUCCUCUUCCUCAGGAAUGGGGAUUAGGGUUACUUUAAAACCGGAGUUUCGGAUUACACCACCGCCUCAAUUGUCUCCACACAUUGGAGAGAUUCCUCGAAGCACAUUUCAGUUUGACUUUGAACUGGAAAGGAAGAUACUCGCAGAAGCAGAGAAAGAAAACCCAAAUUGGAGCAAACUCGGUCUCGAGAACCUUCCCCAUAAGACUGCAAAACCAAUAUCUCGUGCGAACUCUAGUAGUGGUAGUGUAGACCCGGUGGUGGGGAAAUACUUGGCAACAGGUCUUAACAGAGAAGCAGUACCUAUUGCAGUUGCCAAAUAUGGAGAUAAUCCAACCAAGGUCAGGGAAUUUGUGAAUGGCUACACUGUGUUGAGAGAAAUGGGGUUUGAAGCUAAUAGUGUCGCUGAAGCAUUGUUCACCCAUGACAACGAUAAAGAGGCUGCAGUAAAUUUUUUGAGCACUUCAUAGGCAGACUCUUUCUCUGUGCAUGUCACAAAAUUAUAUUACUAGUAGUAAACUCAAGUCAAGGCGUGUAUUAUUAUUAUAUUUUACUUUUUUUUUGGGUUUGUAAAAUAGUUGGUUUUCCUUGUUUGUGUAAAUUGAAUUUACAAUGUUAACUCGCUCCUGGUGAUUGUGUGACGUAUGUUUAUGCAGCAUUCAUAUUUUUAAGA